GGGAGAGAGGCGGCCGCCAUCGGGUGGUUCCGCUCCGAGGGCGGAAGUGCGCGCCUGGCACUUGGCUGCUGAUCGGCAGGCAACAUGGUGGCUCCCGUGCUGGAGACUUGUCAUGUGUUUUGCUGCCCGAACCGGGUGCGGGGUGCCGUGAGCUGGAGCUCCGGGCCCGGAGGGCUUCUGGCCUUCGGCACGUCCUGCUCCGUGGUUCUCUAUGACCCUCGGAACAGGGUUGUUGUCACCAACUUGAAUGGUCACACUGCUCGAGUCAAUUGCGUACAGUGGAUUUGCAAACAGGAUGGCUCUCCUUCUACUGAAUUAGUUUCCGGAGGAUCUGAUAAUCAAGUGAUUCAUUGGAAAAUAGAGGAUAAUCAGCUUUCAAAAGCAGUCCGUCUCCAUGGCCAUGAAGGACCUGUUUAUGCGGUACAUGCUGUUUAUCAGAAGGGUGCAUUGGAUACUGCACACGACACACUCAUAGUUUCUGCAGCGUCAGAUUCCACUGUUCGACUUUGGUCUAAAAAGGAUUCAGAAAUAAUGUGCCUUCAGACCUUGGACUUUGAAAAUGGAUUCGCUCUGGCUCUCUGCUUAUCUUUUUUGCCUGAUACUAAUGUACCAAUAUUGGCGUGUGGUGAUGAUGACUGCAGAAUUCACUUGUUUGUUCAACAAAAUGACCAGUUUCAGAAAAUGCUUCUUCUCUGUGGACACGAGGAUUGGAUAAGAGGCGUGGAGUGGGCAUCCUUUGGUAGUGAUCUUUUCCUAGCAAGCUGUUCGCAAGAUUGCCUGAUAAGAGUAUGGAAGCUCUAUAUGAAAUCAACAUCUUCAGGAACUCAGGAUGAUGACACUAUAAGGCUGAAGGAAAAUACUUUUACUAUAGAAAAUGAAAGCAUUAAGACAGCAUUUGCGGUUACUCUGGAGACUGUGCUAGCUGGUCACGAAAACUGGGUAAAUGCAGUCCACUGGCAGCCUUCAUUCUACAAAGAUGGUGUUCUACAGCAUCCAAUGAGAUUGUUGUCUGCCUCAAUGGAUAAAACCAUGAUUCUGUGGGCUCCAGAUGAGGAGUCAGGAGUUUGGCUGGAACAGGUUCGAGUAGGUGAAGUAGGUGGGAAUACUCUAGGAUUUUAUGAUUGCCAAUUCAAUGAAGAUGGUUCCAUGAUCAUUGCUCAUGCUUUCCAUGGAGCAUUGCACCUUUGGAAACAGAAUACAGUUAACCCGAGGGAGUGGACUCCAGAGAUUGUCAUUUCGGGACACUUUGAUGGUGUCCAGGACCUAGUGUGGGAUCCAGAAGGAGAAUUUAUUGUCACCGUCGGUACUGAUCAGACAACACGACUUUUUGCUCCCUGGAAGAGAAAAGGUGAAUCUCAGGUGACUUGGCAUGAAAUUGCAAGGCCUCAGAUACAUGGUUAUGACCUGAAAUGUUUGACAAUGAUUAAUCGGUUUCAGUUUGUGUCUGGAGCAGAUGAAAAAGUUCUUAGAGUUUUUUCUGCACCUCGGAAUUUUGUGGAAAAUUUUUGUAUCAUUACAGGACAAUCACUGAAUCAAGUACUUUGCAAUCAAGAUGAUGAUCUUCCAGAAGGAGCCACUGUCCCUGCAUUGGGAUUAUCAAAUAAAGCUGUCUUUCAGGGAGAUAUAGCUUCUCAGCCUCCUGAUGAAGAGGAGCUGUUAACCAGUACUGGUUUUGAGUAUCACCCAAUGGCCUUUCAACCCUCUCUACUUACUGAACCUCCCACUGAGGAUCAUCUUCUGCAGAAUACUUUGUGGCCUGAAGUUCAAAAACUAUAUGGACAUGGUUAUGAAAUAUUUUCUGUUGCUUGUAACAAUGCAAAGACUCUGCUUGCCUCAGCUUGUAAGGCAGCUAAGAAAGAACAUGCAGCUAUCAUUCUUUGGAACACUACAUCUUGGAAACAGGUGCAGAAUUUAGUUUUCCACAGUUUGACUGUCACGCAGAUGGCGUUCUCACCUAAUGACAAGUUCCUACUAGCUGUUUCCAGAGAUCGAACCUGGUCUUUAUGGAAAAGACAAGAUUUAAUCUCAGCUGAGUUUGACCCAGUGUUCAGUCUCUUUGCCUUCACCAACAAAAUCACUUCUGUGCACAGUAGAAUUAUUUGGUCUUGUGAUUGGAGUCCUGAUAGCAAGUAUUUCUUCACUGGGAGUCGGGACAAAAAGGUGGUUGUCUGGGGUGAUUGCGACUCCAAUGACGACUGCGUUGAACACCACAUUGGCCCCUGCUCCUCGGUCCUGGAUGUAGGGGGCUCUGUGACGGCCGUCAGUGUGUGCCCGGUGCUUAACUCUUCCCAAAGGUAUGUGGUUGCCGUGGGAUUAGAGCGUGGAAAGAUUUGCUUGUACACCUGGAAAAAGACUGAUCAAGUUCCAGAAGUAAAUGACUGGGCCCGCUGUGUAGAAACAAGUCAAAGCCAAAGUCAUACGCUUGCUGUCAGAAAGUUAAGCUGGAAGAACUGCAGUGGAAAAUGUGAACAGAGUGAAGACGAUGCUGACUGGUUACACUUUGCCAGCUGUGGCGAAGACCACACUGUGAAGAUCCUUAAAGUUAACAGACGUGCACUGUAGUGGGCUCAUAACUACGUGCUGACUUCAAAGACUUGCCGUGUAAAUACAUAAGUCAGCAGCAGUGCUUAUUUGGAUGCUGGACCCUCUGAUACGUAGUGAGAGCUACAGAGCCUUUUCUUAUUACGCAGUGUGUACACACACACACACACACACACCCAGAAUUUUACCCGAUCUUCAGAGAUUCUGGGACCUGUAGACCUGCUUUUAUGUAUCCCUAAGAACCUUUCUGUUCAUUCUUCAUCACCAGAUUUGCCUGAUUUUGCUAUUUGGGGACUUUUCAUUUGCUUUAGUCCUUCUGUGUUGAUAAAAGAAGAUACCUGAAGAUGA